CUUAACAACUUCAAAAAAUACCCACACAAAACUAACACAGCCAUGUUAGACGUGUAUAGUACUAUUAAUUCCGUCUCACAAAACUUCUCCCUAUCAUCGGCGCCGCCGCCGACACUACCACUCCCGCCGCCUUCGUCACCACCGACGGUGAGCCGUUACGAGCUACAAAAACGGCGAGAUUGGAACACAUUCGGACAGUACUUGAGAAACCACAAGCCACCACUGAUACUUUCUCGAUGCAGCGGAGCGAACAUUCUAGAAUUCUUAAAAUACCUAGAUCAAUUCGGAAAAACGAAAGUUCACAGCUGUAAUUGUCCGUUUUUCGGCGAUCCUCAUCCGCCGGCGCCGUGCAAUUGCCCGUUGAAACAGGCGUGGGGGAGCCUUGACGCGCUAAUUGGGAGGCUACGCGCUGCUUUUGAAGAGAACGGAGGACGGACGGAGACGAAUCCGUUUGGUGCUCGAGCAGUGAGGUUGUAUUUGAAGGAAGUGAGAGACACGCAAGCCAAAGCGAGGGGGAUUGCUUAUGAGAAGAAGAAAAGAAGAAAUAUUAAGCAGCGGAUUAGUAGUACUAAUAUUUGUGACUAGAGUUUGAGAAAAUUUUAAAAAAAAAUGAAGAUGCUAUAUAUAAUUAAUGGCUUUAAUUAUUUGGAAUUUGAAUUAAUUAGCUUGUUGGAA